CCGCACGGUGACGCGAUGGCGUCGCUGCCUGGCGUUGAGGCCAAGAUGGCGGAGCGGAGGCAGUCGGUGGUACGGGACGGUUUGCGGGUUUUCAUCCUUUGUCUCUGUUGGUACACCGUCAGUUCGGGCGGCAAUGUCAUCAACAAAGUCAUCCUCAACCGGUUCCCGUACCCCGUUACCGUUUCCUUCUUCCACAUCCUCUCCAUCUGCCUCUUCAUGCCGCCGUUACUCCGCGCCUGGAAUGUCGCCCCGGUCGGGGAGCUGCCGCCGCGCUACUUCAGCCGCCUCCUGCUGCCGCUGGCCUUCGGCAAGUACUUCGCCUCGGUGUCCGCCCACAUCAGCAUCUGGAAAGUGCCCGUCUCCUACGCGCACACAGUCAAGGCCACCAUGCCUAUUUGGGUGGUUCUUCUGUCCCGUCUCAUCAUGAAAGAGAAGCAAACUAUGAAGGUCUACAUGUCAUUGAUUCCUAUAAUAUCCGGAGUUUUCUUGGCAACAGUGACUGAACUUUCCUUUGAUGUAUGGGGACUCAUUAGUGCACUUGCUGCCACUCUCUGCUUCUCUCUUCAAAACAUCUUCUCGAAGAAGGUGCUGAGGGAUACACGGAUGCAUCACCUUCGACUCCUGUAUAUCCUUGGAUGUUACGCUGUCGUUUUUAUGGUUCCAACUUGGGUCCUUGUCGAUGUCUCUGCAUUUUUUGUAAACAGCUCAGUAACUGAUGUCUCCCACUGGUACUGGACCCUCAUAUUGCUUAUCAUCAGUGGCUUCUGUAACUUUGCUCAAAACAUGGUUGCCUUUAGUAUUCUGAACCUCAUCAGCCCACUCAGCUACUCUGUGGCCAAUGCCACGAAGAGGAUCAUGGUGAUUUCAGUAUCACUAAUCAUGCUGCAGAACCCAGUCACUUCCACCAAUGUCAUAGGGAUGAUGACUGCCAUCGUUGGGGUUUUCGCCUAUAACAAGGCUAAAUAUGAUGCCAACCAAGAAGCCAAGAGAAAGUUGCUCCCAGUCACCUCCGGGGAUCUUGUGUCUCUUGAUCGGCAUGAAGAACUGUCUGUUGAUCAGAAGGGACAAAUGAAUGGGACUGUGCUGUAUUCUCAAUAUACAGACUACCAGUAUGGACGGAAUGGCCUGCUGGCUGAACAGUUGCAGUACAACCGGCAAAGUGCCCUUGGAACCACUCAUGUUUCCAACCGCUUUGAUGUCUAAACGUGUCUAACUUCACCCUUAACUUAUUCGACAUACAAUCAGGAACUCCUGGUUAGCCCAUAGAUUUUAGAAAGAGGUCUCGGUCUGAGGCCCUACUUUUUUUAUUUAAUGGUAAUGAAGAGAACACUGUAACUCAGACUUUCAUGAAGGUACAUUUUGCACCUUGUCUGUUGUUUUGUGCAUGUGAGGUGUUCGUUCUGCCUCAAAGUGGCAGGGGAGAGCAUAUGACAUCGUCAACCUGUGUGAGAUGUUUACUUCAGAUGAGCAUUAAGUUGUAAACUACCUGCACAAGAACAUCUUAAAGAAAUACGAUAAAGAUAUUAAAAUCAUUAAAAGACCCAAUUAGCCCAAUAUUAAACAGCCCCCUGCCACCCAAAACCAAGCCAGAAGGUCUACUGUUGCAGUUCCUCCAUUUUUACAGGGGAUGAUUUGUUAAUGAUCUCUUUAGAUAGAUAGGUACUUAUUUGUCUGUGAUUCAUGAAUUAGGGAGUAUUGAUCAAAUGAAUCCAAUAAUUGCUACACUGUAAUGUAAAUAUAAUGGAUCCAUGCGUUUUGCAUUGGGAGGAGGGAAAUCCCAUUACCUUGAGGUUGAGAUGUUCCUGUGUGACCUGUAUAUUCCCUUAGUACCGCAACUUGUCUGUUAACCACAUAUUCCCAGAUCAGUCUAGAUUUAAUCCAAAUUUUUCAAAAAACGUGUGUACAGCAGAGGUAGACUCCGUUCUGAUUACACUAAGUUUAAAUAGUUCAAUUUAGCAUAGCACCUGAAGUUUCUGUGAGCAACCAAAAUUAAUAAUCCGAUCUGGUGACCAAACUGCUGAUUGCACUUUGUCUGUCUUGUGUCUCCACACUUCUGUUUAAUUGAAUUGGAACAAAUUUGAUUCAGACUGACUCAGUAGUUACCACUCUUAACUCUAAAGGUUGUGGAUUAAGGCCCAACUCCAGAGAUCUGACCACAGAAUCUGAGUGACACUUUGAUGAAGUACUGAAAGAGCUCUGUGACGUCAAAGGUAUUAAUUUUUCAAAUGAGAGAUUAAACAAAAGCCCUGUAAUUUUAUUUGAUGUAAAAGAUCCCAUGGCACUAUUGAAGACACUAUCUUAACCAACUUUUAUCCCGCAACAAUAUCACCAGAAACUGAUAAACAAAGCAUUAUCUCAUUUGCUGUUUGUAUACAGCACGGUCUGUCAAAUCAUUUGAUACAUUUCGUACAGUACAACAUUCAUUACACUUUGUAAUAAAUUGGCUGUAAAGGAUUCAGGACUUGCUAUGAUGGUGAAAAGCACUGGAUAAAUGAAGAUAUUUCAGUUUUUUUCUUUUUAAUCAAUCUGAUGAGUAUUGCAAUAGUUCACAUUCAUAAUGGUAAGGAGAUUUCAGCAUGCAGAAUUAGUGCAAAUUCACAAUGUAAUGAAAAAGGGAAUGAUGUGUAAGUUCAGGGUGGGAACAAAUGUAAGUCUUCAGUCUCCUUAUAAAGAAUGAACAAAUCAGAAACUGAAUUUAAAUAAAAAAGAAAUUUCUUUUAAGAAUUUAGCAAGUCAGCCUACAACUGUGAAGAAGAUAUAUUUGUCAUUUUGGGAGUGUGCUUUUUCAAGAAGGAUAUAUGUGUGUGUAUAUAUAUAUAUAUAUAUGAAACAUAAAUCUGUUUGUCUUCACAGCUGCAUACUUGAUGUAAUUCUAAACCCGAUGUUGUGCUGUUCACAAACUCGUAAGAAUCAGUUUCCUUUCUUUUGGUUGUUUUUAUGCUGUUUUCACUCCAAGAAUCAGUUUGUUCUGAAUUUGCUGCUUGAAUCUAUUACUGGUACCUGUUAUUGCAAAGAUAUGUUAAAUUGCUUCACAAAUGAAACCUGUUGGCCAAGUUGGAAGUUAGCACUGAUCAAAAAGAGAUAUCACUGUUAUUAAUGAGUGACCAAUGGUCAUACUGGCUAAAAGGGAAUUUAUUAUUUUUGAUUUGCACAUUAUACGUUUUGUUGCUCUUGUUUCUUCACAGCCUUUUUUACAUGCUUUGUUGACAUUGUCUGUCAAACUCUUUCUGUCUACCAUCUUUGUCUAUUUUUUCUCACAUUGAAUUGUAUCUGAUUUAAACGUCCUAACAAUAUGUUCCUUUUCCAGUUUCAUUGCUUUAUUUUUAACGCUGUCUUGUGAUCAUUGCAGCAUCUGUGCAGUUUCAAGAUGCACUCAGCAAAGCAUUACAAUUUUUUGUGAAAUUCUGAAUGUUAAGAAUAGGUGAUGUAACCAGAAAACACUUACCAUCAUGGAAGUUUCAUGAGUCAUAGAAUGAAGGUGGUUGCCUGAUUUGCAGUAAGGAAAUUCUGUUUAUUGCCUGACACCCUACAAGUCCUUAAUCUCUUUGAUAGAAGGAAGUGGGAAAACAGUGCUCCUCCUUUGUUCAGUUAUUUUCUGAGCCUGAGGAGUCAGUGCUCCCAGCCACUUAAAAUGGAAACUAAUCUUUACAUGGUACAUGAUACCAUCACCAUGUUGAUCCUGUCCAUUGACUGCAUGUCUACUUCAAAAAUCUCUGUACGUUUUAAGGGUCAAGUGGGCUUUUGAGAUCUUGAGGGGCUGAUUUUAUUAUUUACUUCUGGUUAGUAAGGAUUCCUGUUCUUAAAAUCAAUCCAUGUCCCCCACACCUAUCAAACCAACUUUCUCAAGGUACAUUUCAGGUUUUAUCUUUGUCUCUGUCUUGCAGAACUGUGCAAUGGAUUUAGGCUGCAAGUUAUUCUUUACUGCAGGAACAGUCAUUAGCAUUUGUACUUAAUGGGACCUUACUGUACAUAAAUUGGUUGCUUUGUUUCUAAUAUUACAACAGUGGCUGCAUUUAAAUGCUUCAUUGUCUGGAAAGCACUUUGGGAUUUUGAGAUCAUGAAUAAGACUAUAUAAAUGUAAGUCUUUCAUUCUUUUAAAAAAAAACAAAAUCCACACAUUAUACAGAAUAACCUUUGCAUUUCUCCAGGAGACAUCGCAGUUGUUUUCAGUCAUGACCGUGCACUAAUUUUCCAUUUAUGUGCGAUAAAUUUAUAAACCUGUUUUUAUAUCAUGGUGGUACAACCUGUGGUGAAUGCUGGAGAAGUGCUCAUUCAAUUUGGCAAUUUUACAAUUACUUUCAGCUGUGGAACAACUGGAUUGCAUAAUCAUCCACAGUGUUUGAGUCCGAACUGAGAAUUAACUCGAGCAAUCACUAUUCCCCAAAACACUGAACUGUUUGAUCCAGUUCAGGAAUAGCAUUUAUUUAACGUGCUUUGUGACAUUUUCUUGUAAAUACUGUUGAAAUUUGAAAUUAAGUCUACCUCUGAAUGUUUAUUUUCGAUUGUAUAGUGGCUGUAUGAAAAUGCCCGUGAAUUAUUUUCCUUUGUUAUAGAUCACUGGGAUGAGUUUAAAAAUUAGUUCCAGUUUGUUCUGACUUGGACAGAUUAUCUCAAUGAAUGGAGAUAUGUAAUAAAAUGGAUAAUUCUGUAGCUAAAAUUCUGUCACAAAUAUAGGAAAUCAGGGUUUGCUUCUCGAAUUGAAAUCAAAGUCAGUUGUGUGUUGUGCAGUCUUACAUAAUCAGUGGAGUGAAAUGUUCUAAGUGACCAAACACUGGCCAGACAUUUUCAGAAAUUACAUACAGGGUGCUUGGGCUGCAAGGAUAGAACUUGAGGAUUACAGGAACUUGGUACCCAGAGAGAAAAUGAGGUGCUAUUUCCUGACUUACUCAUUAUUUCUAAAGCUUAAUUUUUCGAUCAGAUGUUAUUAAAGAUGAAAUUCAUUUUAUUAACAAGUCUUUGUUCAUUUUUAGAUUGAAACGAUCAUCUUUUUAAGGAGGAAAUAUUGCUGAGCAAUUCAUCACUUCAAAGUUUCACUCAUUUGCUCAUUGGUAUUAAUUUCAUGAUUAGUGCAGAUGUAUCACCCUCACAUGCAUUAUGGUGAAAGUUGUGCUUUGCAACCUAAAAGUGAAUUAAGAAAAUAAAUUCAUUUUAGUCUCAAAGUAUAAGACAGAAUACACGAUCUUAAAAAAAACGUAGUGCUGAGUGGAAACAUUGAUGGUUUUGCAUUUGCCUCUUGCACCUUUUUCUGGCAUCGGUGUGUGUUUUGUAAAUAAAGUUUAAGAAAAAUGCAAAUGUUGGGAAUCUGAAAUUAGAACAGAGAAUGUUCUGAGUAUUCACAUAAAAGCAAAAUCCUACAGAUGCUGGAAAUCUGAAACAAACAGAGAAAUUGAGAGAAACUCAGCAGGUCUGGCAGUAUCUGUGGCAGAAAUAAUAUUUCAAGUUGUAUUUUUUCAAAACUUUUAUCUUCUGCAGUUUUAAGGAAGAAGUCUGAAGGAGAGUUAUACUGGAUACGGAAUGUUAACUGUUCAUCUUUCUCUCUCUCAAUGCUGCCAGACCCGCUGCUGUAGCUUUCUCUGAUGCUGUGAUCAUUCAGCAGGUUUGGCAUCAACUGCAGAGAGCGAGGGAGAAGAAAGUAGUGUAAUAGAUGGGAAACAUUAAUUAUGUUCUUUUUCUCUCCUCAAACGAAGCCAGAUGUACUGAGUGUUUCCAGCAUUUUCUGUUUUUAUUUCUUUUGGACCAACCUGUUUUGUGCCAUUUAACUAGCAGUUGAAAGGGAAAUUUCCCUGGUAUUAAACAUGAUUCUUGUUCUGAUUCAGAUCUUUGCUUCCUUUUGUUACUUUUCGAGAAAGGUUCUCACCAUUGUAUACUCUAAAAUACAUAAGCAGUGGGACCUGUUUGAAAAACUGGAUAACUUUUCCCCUUUUAAUUUGUGAUGUUUCAAAAUGUUUCCAGAUCCAUGUAUUCUUGCACGUUUCCCCCACGUGGUAGUAUUGUUUCUCACAGUCAAUGGUUGGAAGUCAGUGGAGGUGAAUGUAUAUGUGCCAACCCUCACUAAUAUAUCAUGUCUAUCUGUGGAAUGUUUUUAAUGUUAUUGGAAAAAAAAAGUGACUCUUAAAUUAAUAAAGUGAAAGAAGAAGCCAG